AUGUUAUCACCAUGUUUUGGUAUGCUAGUACCUGGAAUACCACAUAUGGCAUGUGAAGCAAAUGGAAUCAAUGUCAAAUAUUGGAGAUUCUAUUAUUUACAAUGGACCAUUAUUCAGAUGGCUGAAUAUGAUUUAACCGCAAAAUUAGGUCGUUAUUUCGAUCGUCAUCUCGUUUUUCCAUUAUUAGAAUUUUUAACUGAACGAAACAUCUUUGAUGAAAAAGAAAUUCUUCAAGCUAAAUAUGAUUUAUUACAACAUACAACUAUGGUUGAUUUUCAACUUGAUAUUUACAAGAAACUUCAUCUUGAUGGAGAAGAACCAAAUGAAUUAAUUGAAAAACGUGAAGAAAUUGUAUCUCGUUUUACUGAACUUUCACAAGCUGUUCAACCAUUACUUGAUGCUGUUGUUACUGAAGAUGCUGCUCGUCAUAUUGAACAUCAACGAAAUAGUGAUUCAAUGCUUGCAUUAAACUUUUUACAAAAAACCUAUGGUGUAAAUCAAACAACAAAAAAGGAUGUUUUAAAUUCAAGUCCAACAAAUUUAAAAAGUUCUCAAUCAACUGCAGAUCUUGAAAAAAGAAAAUCAUUAUCAAUGUCUUCAACAAUUACAUCACGUCCAUUAACAUCAGUUAGUUCAUCUCCAUCAUUAUACAAAAUUGUUCAAACAUUAUCUUCUCUUGAACGUCUCAAUCUCAUAUCCGAACAAGUUAAUACAAAUGUAUUAUAUUUAUCUCGAGUUGCUGAUACAUUACCACGUAAAGAUCCAUAUUUAAAAGUAAUUCUUGGUGGUGUUGAUGUAUCAAUAUUAAAUAAAGCUGAUAAAUGGACAUAUAAACAAGAAUAUGAAACAUUUAAAUUUAUUGUUACAUGUAUUUCAUUAGUAUCGUCAUUUGUUAUUUGGGCAUUAACAUCACGUUAUCGUGCAUUUGAUGCAUUAUUUCAUUUUUUAUUGGUUUGGUAUUAUUGUACAUUGACAAUACGAGAAUCGAUUUUAGUUGUCAAUGGAUCACAUAUUAAUCCUUGGUGGCGAGCUCAUCAUUUUGUAGCCACAGUUGCAACAGGUAUUUUAUUAACAUGGCCUGAAUCGGCAUCUUAUCAUGCAUUUCGUACGCAAUUUUUUGUCUUUUCGUUUUACUUAAGUUUUGUUCAAGUUCUUCAAUUUUAUUAUCAACGAGGUUGUCUCUAUCGAUUACGAGCAUUAGGUGAAACACAUGAUAUGGAAAUAACUAUUGAAGGUUUUCAUCGAUGGAUGUUUCGUGGUCUAUCAUUUUUGGUUCCAUUUCUUCUUGUUGGCUAUUUAUUUCAAUUAUAUAAUGCAUAUGCAUUAUGGCAAUUAGCACAUGUAUCAACAACACAUGAAUGGCAAGUAAUGGUAUUAGCCAUAAUAUUUUUUGUGCUUUUUUUGGGUAAUAUAUUAACAACAUUAAGUGUUUUACGUGAAAAAUUACGCGAAAAACCACCACCAACAUUAUUAAAAGAAAAAUAUCAAAGUUUAAAAACAUUUUUAUCAACAAAUUAUCAUCGCCGAACACGAUCAAUUCAUCAAUAUGGACAUCGAGGAGAAAAAGAACGACCUAAUAAAGACAAUAAUAUUCAUAUAACAUCGAAACAAGAUUAA